UUCCGAUCUAUUCAUAAACCAAGCUGAUACACUUCUUUUGUUUUGAUUGGGCCUGAUAAGUGCGUGAAUUUCUUUUGUUUCAUUGACACCAAGGAUUAGACUCCAUCGACCAUGGCUGCUCCCCUUCAUCACGUUGAUGUUCCGUUCGAGAAGGCCACCUUCGGCAUGGGAUGCUACUGGGGCACGGAUUCGUUGUUUGGGGCCACGCUUGGGGUUUUGAGGACAAGGGUUGGCUACUCCGGUGGAACGACCGGUGCUCCGAAGGGGAAGGAUAUUGGUGACAACGUUGAGGUGAUUGAAAUUCACUACGAUCCGACCAAGAUUACGUACUCGCAGCUGCUGGAAAUGUUCUGGGAGAACCACGAGUAUCGGGCGUCGGCCAGGCUUAAGCGCGAGUACAUGACUAUGAUCCAGUAUCACAGUGAGGAUCAACGGAAGUUGGCUGAAGCCAGUAAAGCCGCUCAACAAGCCAAGGAGCAUGAAGAAGUGGUCGCAACCGAGAUCGUCCCAGCUAGUCCGCUUUACCCAGCGGCAGACCACAACCAAAAGUAUCGGCUGCAGGGUCACGUCGAUCUGGCCAAGGGUCUCGGGCUGACCUCGGAGCUGCUGCAAAGCUCGCACGUCGCGGCCCGUUUGAACGGUUAUCUGGUCGGGGCGGGAGGGCUGGAGCAGUUCGAAGCCGAAGCCGACCAGCUGGGCCUGUCGGACGCGCAAAAGCAGUACGUCCGGAAUUAUCUAAUCGAGAACGACGGUGCGGGUAUUGCCUGUUGAGGCAAAAGAGAGAGAUUCAUAAUAAACAAACAUCGUCAUUUUUUGGCCGUCACGCCCAAUCAUGCGUGAA